AUGCCGAAAGAUGUGUGGCCUUCGGACGCUGGAGCCUUGUCAAUCACAGUGAUCGAUCUCAACGCGAUGCUGUCACUUCGGCGAAAAUUGCUCGCGGAUGACGGCGGGAAGGCUCUGCCAUACUUGAAUCGAAAUUUUGAACUGGCUGUCUGGAAACUGAAUACCUCUACAUUCACAUGGGAGCGAAAGCCAUAUCCAGCAGGUAUGAAUAGAGAUACAGCAGUGAAGACAAGCGAAGGAGUCGUGCUUGGCUCGACUACUUCAUUCUCCACGUAUGCUGUGCGAGUGACGCCAGCGGGAUUUGCUCCUGCACCUGCAACAGCUCCUGCAUCUUCCCGCGUGGCGACGAAUACGUCUGCCACUGAAAUUUCAGUGGAAAAUGUGAUGACUACGCCUGCUGGUGUAUCUGCCCCUUCGCCUGUUGCAGUUACAUCAAAAGAAUUUUCCUGUAGCUCUAAUGCAUAUUGCGUUGGAGGGAUUGCGGGCGGAGGCGGAGCUGUUUGUGCGCUGAUGUGCAUAGCCCUCGUAUACAGGAGGAGGAAAAGGCAGUUGCCAGUGGAGGGAUCUAAAGGUGGACGAGACUUCGAUGCCAACAAAGAUGAAAUGGACACUGGCAUUCAAGAACUGAGGAACAAGAUCGAUGCUGAUGAUGGCGAGGACAUUCUCCUGUCACUUCAAGAGCUUGAACUGGAACAAGAUCAGAAGAAAGAAAAGCUUGCGAAGACAGCUAUUGAGAGAGAUUUGCUGGAAGAGAUCAGAAAUCCUUUCUUCUACUCGCUGUAUGUGAAUAUGGACCAGCAGAUUUUGGAAGAAGAGUCGAACAUGACAUCAGGACAAGCAAAAAUAGACUCAAUCAUUCAAGAAGCGCACAACAAAGUUGGGAAGGGAUCAAAAGUUACAUUCCAUUUUCAAAAUCAAACUACAGAGCCUUUUCAGCUCUCAGCUGAUAAGUUGCAGAAUGGCUUAAGAAAUUCUGGAAUCUGUGCGGAAAAUCAAAAAGAACUCAAGAAGUACAUCAUCGGGUAUGAUGCUCCGAGCAUGAAGGAUUUCGUAGACAAGAAAUUGGCCAAGACGGGGGUGCAAUCCAAGGAAGUUCUCGUUCUAAAGGAGGAAAUCGCAGAAAUGCAGGAUGCCAAGCAAAAGAGGGAUACUGAGUCAGCAGUGGCGUUAAUCCUCGAACGAAAGAAAAUACGAUUAGAAGAGCAGGAAAAGAGGAUGCAGGAACAAGCAAAUCAGGAUCGUUUGUUGCAAGAAUUGGCAAAUUCAGAAAAAUCUUUGGAAAAGAGCGCAAGAACAAGUCGGAAUUUCUUUUCGUUCGCUAAGAGGUCGAGAUCUCCUUCAAACCGUAGUCCAGCUGCGACAAAAGAGACAGAGACGCAGGAAAUUUCACCUGCGGAGGUAGCGAAAUAUGAAUCAGAAAAUGAAACAUCACUGGAAUUACCAAGACAUCCCCGACACGAUGAACUUGCAAAUCGUCUUGCUGAGCUUGAGCGCUUGAAACAACAAUUGCUCGAAGCAGGUUUUGAUGUUACGAAUGUGGAUGCAUGGAUUAGAAAAUUGCAUGAUCUUCUAUUAAGCGGAAGGGAGAUAAGCGAAGGAGAGCUUGAAGAUUUGAAGGCUGUACCGAUGAAUUCAAAAUGGUUCGAUGGAGAGCUUGGACUAUGGCGCGAAUUAUAUCAUGCUGGGAGAUUGCAGCCUAUUCAGAUUCAGGCUCUUGAAGAUAUAGAAUUUUGUUGGAACGAAGAAGUUGCUCAAUCGGCGAUCUCGCGAGCAGCUGGGACUGUUUACAGAAAGAUUGAAAUAAGCGACACCCUCAGCGCUGUGGCAGACCUUGGCUUUCCAUCGGGAGUGCGGGAUCAUGAUCCGCGCGUUCCAUUCUGGAACACUUUGAUUUCAGCCGUCAGUGCUGUGAUUCCUCCAAGCAGCGUCGAAGGAGAUCUUGGAUUCGUUGAGAACAGAGAUCAAAAGUUUCUCUUAGCGAAUGAUGAAGCUGGAAGCGAUGAAGGAGAAGCAAGUUAUCAGAAUGCCUUCAUUCAUACGUAA